AUGACGUCCGUCGACGCGCUCUGGGAGGAGGUUCGCGACGCGCGCAGCGGACAGAUUUACUACUGGCAGACGGAGACCGACGAGACGACGCCGCUCGGCGCGCCUCGGCCGACGACGUACAGCGCGCUCGACCCGACGAUGCCGGCGCCGACGCGAUCGGGGACGCGCGCGCCGCCGCCGUCGCGAGAUCUCGGCGCGGCGGGAGGGUCGGCGGCGGGCGGAUUCGGGUCGAUGAUCGCGCAGGGCGCGGCGUGGGGGAUGGGGAGCUCGUUGGGACACCGCGCGAUCGGAGGGAUGUUCGGGUACGGCGGGUACGGCGGCGUCGGCGGGGUCGGCGGCGGCGAGGGCGCGAUCGGGGAGGCGGGAGGGACGGAGGCGCCGGCGCCGCCGGAUUUCGGCGCGAGCGAGUUCGACGACGACGACGGAUUCGGCGACGGUGGAUCCGACGGUGGAUCGUUGUUUGAUUUCUUUUCCGAAGACUGA